GUCAAAAACAAGAUGUCUCGUUAAACAAGACCCACCCAGUAACCCCUCUGUGUUCAUCCAUCUUAUCUCCAGAGAUGACAGACCAUGUUUGAACAGUAGGUGUUUCUGUGGAGUCCUCCCUGGAGAGGUUUAUUUAGGCUGAGCAGUCUGGACCCCUACCCAUAAUCCUCCUGCAGACACACCUGUAUAGGAGCGUAUAAAGAGCCUGGAAAGAACUGAGUCAAACAUCAAGCUUCAAGGAGUCUCUCCACACCAGCUCCACAGCACCAGACUCACCCUGAAGAUGACUCCCUCUGCCAGCCUGCUGCUGCUGCUCCUGCUCGGCCUCUCUCAGGCCUCCCCUCUCGAGGAAGAAGGGAGCGAAGCAGAGCCCCAAAUGGAGGAAGAUGACAGCGUCGACAUCGGCACCAGGAUUCUGACAUCCAACAGGGCCUCUAAUGAGAUGCUGUUGGAAGGAGACCUGUUAGCUCCCAAGACCAGAAACGCCAUGAAGUGCUGGUCAGAGCAGUGCCUGUGGAAGAAAGGCUCCAACGGCCUGGUCACGAUUCCCUUCACCAUCAGCAAUCAGUUCCCCAGGGGGGAGAAGCAGAAGAUUGACAACGCCAUGAAGUCCUUCUCCCAAAGCACCUGCAUCCGCUUUGUCCCCCGUCAGAACCAGAACGACUACAUCAGCAUCGAGAACAAAGGCGGAUGCUACUCAGCUCUCGGCAGAACGGGAGGAAGGCAGGAGCUCUCUCUCAGCAGGCAGGGCUGCCUCUACCACGGCAUCAUCCAGCACGAGAUCAUCCACGCUCUGGCCUUCCACCACGAGCAGACCAGGAGCGACCGCGACUCCUACGUCCGGAUCAACUGGGACAACAUCGACCGAAAGAUGGCCUACAACUUCGACAAGCGGGACACCAACAACCAGAACACUCCCUACGACUACACCUCCAUCAUGCACUAUGGAAGAACAGCCUUCUCCAUCAAGCGAGGGCGGGACUCCAUCACUCCCAUCCCCAACGCCAACGCCCAGAUUGGCCAGAGGCAGGGCAUGUCCAGCUGGGACAUCAAGAGGAUCAACAUGCUUUAUAAGUGCUAACAACAAAGCUUCCAAUCCCUUCUGAUCCAAAGUUAUCAUUCAGCAAAACAAUAGAAAUGUGUUUUAGUUACAUCUGUAC